GAUCAACCCGCGACUCUCGAUGCGUCUGAUGACGCGUGUGGAGUGAAACGGACGACCUUUGACGUUUUGCCUGGCGCGCCCGACGGGAUUCCCAUCGCCAAGACAGGCAGGCAACCACCACGGCUUUGCAGGGAGCGAUUUGGAGAGGCAAGGACGAUCGUGGAGCUCUUCGAAUGAGGGAGCAGUGGACGACGUGUUCCCUGCUACUGCUGGUUGCCUUAUCCUUGGCAUCUGCUCGCGUCACACCGCAGCCCGUGCUCCUCUCAGAGCAGAGGCGGGAUGAGUGCACGCUGGAGUCGCAGAGGCUGUUCCACUGCGCGUCCUAUAAUGCUCCAAACAGCAUGCUGACAGACAAGCAGCGGGAGAUGUGCUGCGGCGCAGUGCAGACCUUCAACCUGAACGGCUGCUUCUGCGGUUGGGGCAGUGCCUCAGCCAUGAACCCCUGGACGCGUGAUGUGCUGACUGACCUGGCGGGCGCGCUGCACAGCUGCAAUGUGGGCGUCAUUCCCUGCAUGGCAGGUGAGGAGUAUCUGCAGGACGGGGAAGUGGCGGUGGCGUACACUGGCGAUGAGAUGCUCGCGCUGCAGGCCGCCAGCACCGCAGUCAGCCGCAUGGUUGCCCAAGACGGGUGGGGCUCUGGAAGGCAGAGGCUGCCAGAGAGGCUGGCUUCGUCGCUGCAGCCGCUCUUUGACCUGACCUUCCUCAACCGCCCAAAGCCCAGCUAUUUUCAAGGCAAGUACCCUGGAGAUGACCUGGCGCCAGGAGACUUUGACAUCGAAGUGGAGGUGGAGCAGGAGGGAGGAGAUUCCGAGCAGCUCUCGGCGACGAUGGCGCAGCUGAGCAGGUGGAUGGGGGCGCUGCUGGGGGGAGAUAAUGCGCUGCUGAGGGGCGAUGACGCGCUCGACGCCGAUAAUCCAGGGGGCGUGACGCUCGACAGGGCGGAUACCCUAGGGGGCGUCAUCACGCAGGUCAUGCAGCUGGUGAAUGCCAUUCUCAAUGGCACCGACGCUCAGGUGGAGGUGGCUGUCGAGAUCACUGUUGAAACCACGACAACCACUUCCUCCGCCACGCGCUUCUCCUCGCGCAAGGACAUCGCGGACGCGCGGCCGCUCAUUAGCCGCGUCUCCACCGCGCCCGUCAGGCCCGGGGCAAACGGCGCCAGCCGCGUCGAGCGCAUGGUCACAGAGACGAGCUCGCAGCCGCUGCAUGCGCCGCGCACGCACUGCUGGAUGCAGCGGCUGGCGGGAGUGAUCACCGACAACCCGGCGCGCGUUUUCGCGGUGCUGGCCGGCGUCGCAUUUGUGGUCCUCUUAGCGACGCUCAUUGCGCAGAUCGCUGUGGCGCUCGUCUGCGAGGUGCAGCGGCAAAUGGCGCCGCAGGAUACAGAAGAUGCGGUGACUAACCCGCUGCUUGCUCCGGAGCUGACAACGCCCCUGCUCAAUGCCCGGGGAGAGCUGCAUGACUCAUCCCUCUAG